AAAUAACUAAAGACAACACACCCAAACCGACAAAAGACGAAAACUUGGGACUUCUUUAGUUGCUGUACCUGCAGUGUGUGUGUGAGUUAGUUGCUACCCAUAAAAACCAUGGACGUCUAAAGCCGGAGUUCCAGCCAAAACCGCCCUUUCUUUAAGCAUCGUUUGGCUUACCAUUCUGCUUUAUCCUGUCAAGAAAGCAUGGAUGCUGUAAAGGAGCAAUCUUUGGCCAAACAGAAUGUGGAAGACUCUUCCUCCAUACCAGCUCCGCCGCCUCUGCCGCCUCCUUCUCCCGGACCGCCACCUUUUCCUCCUAGAAAGGCACUCUUCUGGCCCACGCUUUAUUAGUCUUAAAGAAGUGUCUUUUGUCUCUUCUUUUUGUUUCGGACUCCUUACCCGUCCAUCAUAUGCUCCUUUCUGUUUGAUAUGUGUUCUUGCUGAAUUACUUUAUUUAUUUUUUAUUAAUGGAAUUUCGAUUUUUCUUUCCAUUUCUUGCUGGUUACUUUAUUUGACACAUAACCUGUACCUACCUGUAUUUGUUUAAGCUUUCCCUUUUCUUGUUUUAAGCAAUUUGUUUCUUGAACUGUGAUUUUUCUGUUCUAGUGCUUUAGGUGGGCAUUUAGCUACUUUUUCCCUUUUUGGUAGUCUGUUUCGUUGGCACCAAUUUCAAGAUCUUUUUAAAUCUGAAUUGUAUAUUGAAAAGCUACUCCGUAUGAGAUUUUUUUCUUUUCUUUUGUUUGGGGCCUCUUCGUUUAAUACAGAUAAGUUCAAUUCAGCUAACUAACAAGAAAUAUAGCUUCCUAUGUAAUUACACAAGGUCUGGGUCUUUUGUCUGGGAACUCUUACCCGUGUACUGUUCUUGAUAAAUUUGCAGGUCAAUCGGCGUUUAGGGUAUGUCUGGAUCCCAGAAAAGGGUAAAUGAAUCGAGUGAAAUCAUGGAGGAGCAGUCUCUAAAUCUGAAUGAGAAGAGGCAAAACUUCAUUUUGGAGAUGCCCAAAAGAUCGGUUGAGGAAGCAUCAGAAAAUUGUUUGAGGUCACCUAUACCCCUAUCACCAAAUCCAAAAAGAGUGAACUUUUCUCCUUUACCGAGCCCUUGCCAUGAUAAAACAGAUGGGUCUCCAGGUACAUCAUCUAGGGGUAAAUCAUUGAUGAAAAAUUUCAUUCCUAAAAUAAACUUCAAAUUCCGGAACACAACACUAGACAUUGAAAGGGCUGCUAUCCUAGCUCUUGGUGGGUCCCCGGUGAGACAAGAGAAGCCUUCACUAUUUAGCCAACUCUCUGUAACUAAGAUUUUCAAUCAACGACUGAAAAGAACAUCAUCAUUGCCUGUAAGUCCAAUUGUGCACUCAAAUCCUGAAUCAACCCAUGGAGGAGGUUCUUCAACUAAAGUGGGUAUGGAGUACCCAAUACACAGAUCACACUCAGUUCCUGAUUUAAACAAAGAUGGAAGCUCAAGACAGGGACAUAUAGGGAGCCUAUAUCGUGUCAUUCCCUCAACUAGCCCUCAAGUUACAGCCCAGUCUAUAAGUACAUCAGCUAAAGGUGCUCCAGCUGAUGAUGGAAACGAGAAUUUGGGUGAAGACAUCACUCAAGAAGAUGCAGUAUGCAGAAUAUGUAUGGUUGAGCUUGGGGAGGGUACGGACACCCUAAAGAUGGAAUGCAGUUGCAAAGGUGAACUAGCCUUAGCCCACAAGGAGUGUGCUGUGAAGUGGUUUAGCAUAAAAGGGAACAAGAUCUGUGAUGUGUGCCGGCAAGAGGUUAAGAAUUUGCCCGUCACGCUUCUAAAGAUUCAAAACAACUUAUCAGGGUUUGGAGUGGCACAGGCUGCUAUUCUUCAAUAUAGGAUUUGGCAGGAUGUUCCUAUUCUUGUUAUUGUCAGCAUGCUUGCCUACUUCUGCUUCCUAGAGCAACUUUUGGUUGCUAAAAUGGGGUCUGGUGCCAUUGCAAUAUCUCUUCCAUUUUCAUGCAUAUUGGGUCUCCUUGCAUCCAUGACAUCCACUACUAUGGUGAGGCGGAAAUAUGUGUGGGUGUUUGCUACAAGUCAGUUUGUUUUGGUGGUUCUUUUCGCGCACAUUUUCUAUUCACUGCUCCACAUCCAAGCGGUUUUAUCUGUUCUUCUGGCUUCAUUUGCGGGUUUUGGUGGGGUAAUGUGCGGCACGUCAAUCCUCUACGAACUUACAAAGUGGAUGAGGUUGCAGUUUUCGUCGGAUCAACAACCUUCUCAGAGGCCCGAUCGGGCUUCAGAAUCCAAUCUCACACCUCAAAGUGAUCACCAUCCAGUUGACAUUGAAAGUGGGAAUGCUGGAGCAGAACAAGCCAGACUGUAAAUAAAUUAUUCAUAUACGCGAGUGCAUAUGCAUACAUGCAUAUGCUUAUUUGUCAUUGAAAGUUAUUUUGGAAUCUGUUGACAACAAGAUAUUUGUAAAUUUUCCACCUAAGUAAAACAUAUGAGGCUUUGUUGUUUUAUAUAUAUAUUUUUAUUAUUCCUUCCUGGUUUAUUUCGUUUUUGCAUUCCUAGAGGUCUAGCAAAAAUUGGGUGCAAUAGAACAUUGAUACCCUCUUUUCUUUGUAUAGUAUAGUUAGUUCUACCCAAUCCAAUUGAAGCAUUCUGUCCAAUAUGUGUGAUAAGGCAAUGAAUGGUGCAUGUAAUAAAUGUUUGAUUGUCAUGCAAAGCAAACCAAACCAAACAUCUGUUUAAUUUAUUAAGCCAUUUAUA